AUGGCACAACUCAUAAUACCAGGUGAUGAUCUCCCAUCCCAUUCAACAGAUCAAAACUCACAACUAAUAAUAGGACCAGGUAUUUAUGUUAAUCCAAUAAAUAAAUCAAUAAUACCAAUAAAUUCAGGUUUAUUAAAUCAUCAAGCAAAUUCAUUGUAUAUAGAAUCAAAUUCUCGUCGUUAUAUACCACAACAAAAUGAUUUUGUUAUUGGGAAAGUUAUUGGAUCUUUUGGUGAUGUUUUUAAAGUUUCUUUAUCAAAUUUUUCAAAUUCAGUUUCUUUAUCAAGUAUGGCUUUCCCAAAUGCUACAAAGAAAAAUAGACCAAAUAUUAAGAAUGGGAAUUUAGUUUAUGCAAGAGUAUCAAAUGCAAAUAAAGAAAUUGAUACAGAAUUAGAAUGUAUUGAUCCAACAACGGGGAAAGAUGGUGGAUUUGGUUUAUUAGAAGGUGGUUAUCUAUUAGAAGUUUCUUUAUCAUUUGCAAGAUUUUUAUUAUUUAAUCCUCAAUGUCAGAUAUUAAAUGAAUUAGUUAAAAAAUGUAAAUUUGAAAUUGCAAUUGGUUGUAAUGGAUUAAUUUGGAUCAAGAGUGAUGAAUUAAAAUAUACUUUAGCUUUAUCAAAAUGUUUAGAAAAAGCUCAAUUUUUAAAACAAGAUGAAUUGAAUAAAGUUUUCAAUUCUACAUUUAAAGAAUUAGGAUUAUAA